AUGACCACUCACCCCGAAUUCGACAUCAAAACCUCCGGCCUCCACGUCGCCGAAACCUAUGCCGACCAGAUCAAAGGCAAAACCAUCCUCAUCACGGGCGUAAGCCCCAACGGCAUCGGCGCCGCAACCGCCACCGCCAUCGCCUCCCAAUCCCCCGCCCUCCUCAUCCUCGCCUCCCGCACACCCACCAACCUCUCGACCGUCGUAUCCUCCCUCCACGAAUCCUACCCAACCGUGCGCAUCGAGCCCCUCACCCUCGACCUCGCCUCGCAAGCCUCCAUCCGCGCCGUCGCGGCCCAGGUCGCGGAGCUCACCCCCAAACUCGACAUCCUCAUCAACAAUGCCGGGUUGUCCGUCAUGAAGCGCUUCGACACCGCCGAGGGAAUCGAGGGACAGUUCGGGACAAACCACGUGGGGCCUUUCCUGUUGACGAAUUUGUUGCUGCCGUUGCUCGAGAAGGCGGCCAAGGAGGAAGGGAGGAGACCCGGGGAGACGAGGAUCGUGAACCUUGCUAGUGGCGCGCAUGUUAUUAGUCCCAUCCGCUGGAGUGACUAUAACCUCGAGGGCAAGGAGGUGCCCGAGGAGGAGAAGUGGAGGAAGGGCUUGCCAGAGGUGUAUUUGCAGCCUGUGGAUGGGUAUCUUGGGAUUGUUGCGUAUGGGCAGAGUAAGACGGCGAAUAUUUUGUUUACCGUCUCGCUGCAGAGGGAGGUGCCGAAGAAGGGCAUCUCGGCGUAUUGCUUGCAUCCUGGUGGUGUGAGGACUCAGCUCGGCAGAGAACAAGACGACGACAUCACAGCGGCCAUCGAGAAGACUGCAUCCUACUGGAAGGACAUCGACCAGGGCUCGUCCACUACCCUCGUCGCUGCUCUCGAUCCUGCCCUUGACACGCAAACCGGACUGUAUCUCGACAACUGCCAGUUCAGCAAGGCGAUGCCCCAUGCUACCGACCCCGUCGCCGCUGAUAGACUGUGGGCUCUGAGCGAGGAGCUUGUCGGGGAAAAGUUCACGUUGUGA